UCUGCAUCGGAUGGUGUGGAGGUUGCAGCGUCGUAGUCCCCUGAACACUUCACCGGAUUGUUGUUCAUCUUUAGUGAAUGAACAGGAAUAGUUUACUUUAAACAAUUUAGCAAUACAGUAAAAGACUUGGUAGUCAUCAAAGCAUUAAGGAAAAUUGAAGAAAAGACAAAGAGCGCAAAUGGAACUGGAGCAACCACGGAUAUAUCCGCUAAGCUCGUUAGCAAGCCAACUAGCCCGCUGCUAACUUGAUACACGAGUAACAAUCAACUGGCUAUGACUGAUAACGAGGAAAGGACAGUCAAAUUGUAAUCCAGAAUGAAUUAUUGAGAAUCAAAUCAAAUGUUUUAGCUACGCAUUUUUUCUUACGAAAGUAUUUGAAUGGAUUGGAUGCGUUCUGUAGAAUUGCUCAACAACAAUAGUUAGCCGGCUAGCUAGCCAAGGUUACUUGCAUGUUGAGUUGGGAAGCUAUCCCGUUAGCCAAAUAACGUUACGUCAUCUGUACAGUAGUUAAUAACUAGACGGCCAGGCAACUACAAGGUGGAUGGACGGUCAUCUGCGUGGGUGUGUUCGUGAAGUUAACGUUAGUUGACUGGGCAGCCCAUUAUUCCUCCUUCGGCUUUUUUCGACACAGUUUAGUAUUACACAUGACAGAAGUGAACAUGUGAGUGUUAUAGGGCAAUGGAUAUAGUUAACUGCCGGUUUGUUAGUACCGUAGGGAAGAAGUGACAACCGAUAUCUCAGGUACAGUUUAACGGUGGACCACAAUGAAUUAGGUCUGACGUUCUGCUUUCGGACAUAGGACUCUCUGGUUUGCUGGACCGCUUGCUAACAAGAACUUUAUGACGUGGGCUCAGUCCUUUAUUUAAUUAUUGACUGACCACACAGGUCACCGUUAACCUAAAGCGUCCACAGCCCUCAUACCAUGGCAGCGGUUGUCAACUACUCACCGCCGUGGUGGGUCAACCUGCUACACCGACUCCCUCAUUUCAACCUUCAAUUCGAACAAACAAGCAGCGAUUUUCGCCCGGAGGACUCGUCCUAUCAACAGUCCAUCCUGCUGCUGGGAGGCGUGGCUCUAGCCUGCCUGGCCCUGGACCUCCUCUUCCUGCUCUUCUACUCCUUCUGGCUGUGCUGCCGGCGGAAGAAGAGCGAGGAGCAGCCCAACGCCGACUGCUGCUGCACCGCCUGGUGUGUCAUCAUCGCCACGCUUGUCUGCAGCGCCGGCAUUGCUGUUGGUUUCUAUGGGAACGGUGAGACCUGUGAUGGAGUGAACAGGCUGACGUACUCCCUGCGCCACGCCAACCGCACGGUGGCAGGAGUGCAGAAACUGGUAUCAGACGGCACGGGCUCCCUGAAGCAGACGGUGGAUGGCAGUCUGGGGCAGCUGGAGGGCCAGUACGCCAAGCACACAGACUAUCUGUCUAUCAUCCAGAAGCUGCAGGGCCAGCUGGACGAGCUGGUGAGGCAGAUGGUGGAGAUCCCCUUCUGGGGCAACAGAGAAAUCUCCCUGGAGGAGCUGGCCGUCAACAUCGAGCUCUACGACUGGUACAGGUGGCUGGGCUACUUAGGCCUGCUGCUUUUCAACAUCCUCAUCUGCCUGCUGGUGCUGUUUGGCCUCAUUCGCAACUCCAAGGGAACACUUAUUGGAGUGUGUCUUCUUGGCAUCCUGGCUCUGGUUAUCAGCUGGGCCUCCCUGGGUCUGGAGUUGGCUGUGUCUGCCACCUCCAGUGACUUCUGCGUUGCUCCAGACAUGUUCGUCACCCAAAUGACCGAACAGUAUGGAGUGCUCAAUAAAGACAUUUUGCAGUACUACAUGACGUGCAGUGUGGGCCAAACCAACCCAUUCCAACAGAAGUUGUCCGGGAGCCACAAAGCCUUAGUGGAGAUGCAGGACGACGUGUCUGAGCUGCUCCGCUCGGCCACCAGAGAGUACCCCCAAACUAAGGGGAAUCUAGAACAGAUCCAGGGGGUGCUGAACACCACAGAGAUCGGCCUGCAUCAGCUCACUGCCCUGGUGGACUGCCGAAGCCUUCACAUGGACUAUGUCCAGGCUAUAACAGGCUUGUGUUAUGAUGGACUGGAGGGCCUGAUCUACCUGGUGCUCUUCUCCUUCGUCACGGCUCUCAUGUUCAGCUCCAUCGUCUGCAGCCUACCUCACACCUGGAACAACAAGAGGAACGAGGCGGACAGCGAGGACGAGUCCGUGUCCCACGGCGGCAGACUGCAGAACCACGACAACCUGUACCGCGUCCACAUGCCCAGCCUGUACAGCUGUGGCAGCAGCUACGGCAGCGAGACCAGCAUCCCUGCUGCAGCACACACCGUCAGCAACGCCCCCGUCACAGAGUACAUGACCCAGAAUGCCAAUGCCUUCCAGAACCCGCGGUGUGAGAACACCCCACUGAUAGAGAGAGAGUCCCCUCCUCCCUCGUACACCUCCAGCAUGAGGGCCAAGUACCUGGCCAACAGCGGACCGGGUCCCAGUACCUCCACCCCCGUACCUCCACAGCACCCAUCACAGCACCAAGAACACGACUCUGCACACCACUCACGACAGCACACUCCACACCGCCCACCACAUCACCCAGCGGCGCAGCUCUAGACAACACCAGGGGCGUGACCCACCAACAGACACACCAGUCUGGAACCACCUAGCCUCUGGAAACUCUUCUCCAAUGCCCCUCAACAUCUCUGUGACGUCAUCGCCAUCCUCAUCCAGUCUCCUUUCCUCUUCGCUCUUACUAGCCCUCUCCCCCAGCAACAACUUCAAACAUCUGAGCCAAAUAUGUCUUUUGAAGUGUGCUUGAUGGCAGAGCAAAGAAAGGAACGCGAGGAAGACGCAUCGUGUAAAUAGUUCUGUCGUCAUUACAAUGUUUUCCGUAGGACCUUUCAUGAUGUUUCCAGAUGGCCAGUCUGGGCUGGGCCACAGCAGAGCAGCUAGCCAGUGCAGGGUGAGGGCCAAUGGGAGGUUAUUUCCAGCAUCGUGUGAUCUCUGUCAUCUUCUUCAUGGGCUGCUAGUGGACUGACUGAGUGGUGGCCCUUGUUCCCCUGCUACCCCCUACCACCGCCUCGCCUCAGUGCUGGGCCACAAUACAGACUAAUGAGGCAACUGGCCUCCAGCUCUUCGUGAAACAUCUCUGCUCCUUUUCCACUCCUCUGUCUGCUCAGUCCACCAAAUAUCAUCUUGAACGGAGUGAUAUUGUCUUCCGUGAGGAUAUGUUGCUCAAACAACAUCUUUUGGUUUUAUUUGUCUGCCACUUGUGGGGUCUUCCUGUAUUUGAUAUUGUAUGAAAGAGACAUCCACCAUCAAAUGGUCUCCAUGUUACCCACUGCAAAAACCACUGGUUAUGGUGCUGUGAAGGAGAGAACACCUGAGAUAAUGAAACUAAACCCCCAUUGCUUUGGUGAGGACUGAGACAGUUAUGGGAAUAUCUAGCACUGAUUACUAUUGAUAGUGAUUUUGUUCAAUAUGUUGCUACGUACUGUUCUCUCUCUCUCUCAUUGCUGUAGGAUAUGUUGAGCAAUGCCUUACACAGAGAGCUGUGGAAAGGCCUAGAAACUACUGUUCUCUCACACCUUUUUACAGAACUUGGCCUCUGUCAUAGCAAGUUGGGAUCCAGGCACGGUUCCUCAACGGCCGGAUGUACCUCAACAAUACUAUGGCCCUGAUAUGUCUGAACGACAAAGACCAGUGUUUCUCAAGCAUUCCGUGUUCCGGGUUCUUCAUAAUAGUGAAUCAUCUCAGUUCCUCAUGUAAUCCUGUUAUCUGGAGGACUUGCAACACGACCAGUAGAACGCCGGAUCGAGGAAAGGGCAUUAACAUCAGUGGUAUUAUCCGUUCUCUCAAUCCAUGUGUCUGACGAGAUCACACUGAUAUAUCGUUACUACUGUCUAACCAGCUGAGACUGCUGAUUUCUUAUCCACGUAGACAUCAGCUUGUUAUUGCAUUUGUCUCAGACUGUGAGUGGGACCAGUUAUCUCAUUUCAUAAUGUCUUAUAGUAGUAGGUCUAUGACUGGAAAAGACUGGGACCUCUUAACUCUUACAUUAGUCCUGACCUGCAUGUUUGUGGCUGGGGGAGUGAUCUAGUAUGCCACUAUUCCUGAAAAAUGACUGAAGCUACAUGGAUUUUGAACUGGAGAGUUUUGCUGUGGAAAACAAGUUUAUUUUCGAUUCCAGCGUCUGCUCUUGGAUGGUGUGAACUGAAAAGACGGAUGGCGCUCACUAAAGAAGAAGAGCUGUGAACGGUGGGACCCGCUGUCCUCUCAUCAAUACCACAGACUGCUGGUAUCAGAACUGCAAUUCUCAUUACAUCCAAGAGUUUGGUCAAUUGAGGAUAUGCUUAAUAAAAGGUCCUUAUGAAACUAACAGAAGCACAAGCUUUUUUUUUUCAACAGACAGAUAUGAGGACUUGUUCCAGGUUGCUGAGAGACCAAACAAAAUAGGAGUUUUCCUCCACCAUUAUAAGACUCAUUUAAAAGAUCAUUUGCAGUGCUCUUCUGUUAGCCAGGUAUCUUGUGCUGGUGUUGGUGUUCGUCUGCGUACAGUGGUCGGUGUGUUUGCUUGCCCAGUCUCCUGUCCUCCCAACAGAUCUCUGACCGCCUCGCACAGUUCUCCUCUGCUGAACCCUAUGGAUAUAGUCACAGACUGUAACAUCACGUUACAUCCAGUGUCUGGAGGCUGUGUACAUGUAUUAGUCUGUAUUUCUUCUAAAGAGGGGUAGAAUUCAUGUGUUCUAGUAUACGGUUAUGCAUGUUACAACAGCCAAGACAACUGCGAAAUGGACGUCCUAAUGCACCAGCAUUUCAUGGUCACAAAGAUGUGUUUUAGCAUAAAGAAUGAUUUUGGAGAGAGGAAAAAAAAUACAACUGCGGUAGUUGUUUCACAAUGGGUGAAUUGAAGGAAUGCUGUGGUGACGCGGGUUCACUUGUACCAUUUACCUUUUCAGCAAGAGCAUCCUACUUUCCUGUGGACUCUUAAAGCAUGGUGCCCCUUCAAACGUAGAGUGAAAUAUUGUUGUACGUUGUUGCUACCGACGCUUCUCUUGGCGCCCCUUCGUCCUGCGGUGUGAUCAAUAUGAGAGGUGUGGUCCUUUCUUCAGACUGUGCCAAUAACCAAACACAACACCUUACCUUUACAAGGAUCUUUUUAAAUGUCUCACGUAGGCCUGUUUGUACAGUUCACAGCACUGCGGUUGCCUGAGCAACCAAACGAGGAGAAUGAGCCCUACAUUUUGAACUGAAAAUGAAUUGUUCUUUUAUUCCCUGUGUGAAAGACCAUUUAUUAUAGUAACGAUGCAUUUUUACUGUGUUUAGAGUAGUCAUAUUCUCUUUGUUAAUGUUGUAAUGCUAGACCAAUGUACAGACUUUAAAGGGAUACUUCGGGAUUUUGGCUAUUAAGCCCUUUAUCUAUUUAUAGUCAGAUGAACUAAUAGACCACCGUCUCUGCAUCCAGUAUGAGUUAGAGGUAGAUCUGCGAGCCAAUGUUAACUAGCGAUAGCUGAAUGAGUGGAAGUGUAUGGUAUCUACUAGCAAAUGCACUAACGCUAGUUAGAAACUUCCUUCAAACUGCACGCAGAGACAAAAAAAAUUGAUAUACCAGUGCAUCGGACUAUGGGGCAGUAGAUAAAGGGAUUCGUUGCAAAAAUGCUGUAGUAUCCCUUUAAAACAUGUUUGCUAAAUGAGCUGGUGAAGUUGACAUUUCCUUUGUCAUUGUGAUGAAAUCUUUUUUGCUUCAUUUAAAAAAAAAAAAGUAAUUUACCAUUGAUUAUUUUUAGUGCUCAUUGCAUAUAUUACGAUGUGUAGCAAGCAGAACAUUUGUGUUGCUUUUAUGGGAAUACGAUAUAGUUUUUGUCUUUCAUUGCUUUGUUUUGAUAACAUUUCCCUGUUGAUUUACUCAUUUGUUUUCAUAUUAUUUUAAAGCAAUUACUAAAAUAUUGUACAUGUUAAACCUGUGGUUUUAUUGAGCUUGAACUCAGUGUUUUGAAAUUAAACCAACCUUAACUGUUGAA